CAGCAACAGCAACAGCACCAUCAACAAGGAGUACCCGGUCAACCGAAUCCCGGAGAUGAUCUGGAGAUCAAGCCUGGCAUCGCCGAGAUGAUUCGCGAGGAGGAAAGGGCCAAGUUGUUGGAGUCGUCCCACGCUUGGCUCGGAGCCUCCACGUCGAGUAUAGCAGCAGACAGCUACCAGUAUCAGUUGCAGUCCAUGUGGCAAAAGUGUUGGAACACCAAUCAGAGUCUGGUGCACAAUCUGCGCUUCCGGGAGCGUGGGCCGCUCAAGUCUUGGCGGCCGGAAACCAUGGCGGAAGCGAUCUUCAGCGUCCUGAAGGAAGGAUUGUCCUUGAGUCAAGCCGCGCGGAAAUACGACAUCCCAUACCCGACGUUCGUUCUGUACGCCAAUCGAGUUCACAAUAUGCUGGGACCUAGCGCGGAUGGCGGCGCCGAUCUACGCCCGAAAGGCAGAGGCAGACCGCAAAGGAUUCUGUUGGGCGUGUGGCCGGACGAGCAUAUUCGCGGAGUGAUUCGGGCCGUGGUGUUCCGCGAUGGCCACUCUCCGCACAUGGUGAAGGAAGAGACGACCUCGAUGUAUCCGAGUCUGGCGAAUUACGCUGCCUGUAACGGACCCGAAGGCGCGGUCAGCCCUGGAGCGGCAGCNNNGGCUGCGGUUGCCGCGGUGGCACAAGGUCUACGACAUCAAAUGUGCAGCAUGGUAGCGGCGGCGCAUUCGCAACAACACGACAUGAUGGCGACUAAUCUUUCGACGAACCUGUCGACGAGCCUCUCGUCGAACCUCCAAGCAGCGAUGCAGGCCAGUCAGCAUCAUCACAACAACACCAAUAGCGGCGCGGCCGGUAUCGGCAGCAACAACGGUGGCGGUAGCGGUGGCGGUGGACUUGGCGGGAACAACGGAAACUCGCCCCUAAAUCUGGGAUUGUCGAGUCCAGGAUCCGGUGGCCCGCCGGAGAGUCCGAUGGAGAGUCCCCUGGCGAGUCCACUCGGUUCCCUGAUGGACCCUAGCCACAUACCUAGCAGCGUGGAAGUCGGUAUCGGUGUCAGCGGAAUGACCUACAAGCCAGCGCGGAGCUUCGUCAGUCCGCGACCGGAGAAUCUCUUCCAAGAGGACAUCGCGGAUCUGGUGAAAGGUCCCCACGGGCUCAAGGACAAGGACAAGAUCCCUGUUAAACUGGAGCCCCUAACGGACUCUCGUUGCGAAUAGUAAGCGAGCCAGCAGCCGCAUAGUCCAGGACGAAGGAGCAGUUUAAAUCGAUGCCAAUCGGAUCGACCGGACACGGCUCCGCUUCCAUCGUCGUCGCGAUUUUAGCAGGCUUCUGUUUCGUCUUAUACGCGAACGGCGUUCGCGCGCUCGACGCUUUCCGCGGAACCUGUCGAAUCUCCGAAGAGGCGGUGUUCGCGAUUCGGUGUUCCGAACGGUUCGCGGCGAGACGUCCUCGUGGCGAUACGCCGCGCGUUAUAGCAGGCUGAUCUCGCGCGAGAUCUACAAUCAAAAUGGAGAGAAGAGGGCCGGGAAAAGACGGACUUUCGUAGGACGAGGAAUCGCGCGCGAGUCGUUCGAGAGAGGAUCGAUGUUCGACGUUCUCGAUUUCUUCGCUCCGGAUUCCUGAAUCUCGAACGGAUCUUUUUUCUUCCGGUCUCGAGCAUCGAUCGCUCGAUUCUCGACUCGGACGCGAGACCCACCUAUGGUCGAGGAACCGUUCCGUUAGCUAUCCGCUAGAAUGGAAAAAGGAGCGAAUCGAAUCCGCGAGCAAGUUUGCUGGCUUCGCGCGACAUUUAUAUAUGUAUCUACGCAUAUACGAUAACCGUACGUUUAAUAUGCCAAAUGUAUAGCGAUUGGUGAACGGUCGCGUACCGCGAGCCACUACUCGCGUCGAAAACGGACGGGAUCGCGAAUCCGCGAUCGACGAGCGAAUUCGUCGGACUCGCCGCGGCUCGAAAGCGACUGUAACGAGAGAUUGUCGCGUUUCCGCGAGAACGCGAGGCGACGGUAGCCGCGGGACCGACGAACGUGUACAAAAUUCGCUUAACGACCGUUCGUCGAAUGGGAAAACGACGAAAUUAUCUUUAUGGAUCGAGAAGAAAAGAAGGUUGUUCGGCUCGAACGAACGCGUUUGCGCGCGAAAGGGUGAACAAAACCGAUUGCUGUACUUUAUUAAGUGUAAUAAUUGCCUUCCUGCCAUAUUUGGGGUAUGCCAAGUAUAAAAAUUAUAAGGUUUAGAGAUUAGGGAACGAGACAAAAAUGAAACGGCGACACUCAUUGCGAAAUCCAUUGAAUUUGGAACUGGAGAACGCGUAGAUAAGAGGCGUGCUUGUGUUAGAAAAAGUGAUAGAAAACUGUGCAGACGCGACGAGUGAGAGUGCGUCAAGUGUUCGAGCGAAUGCAUUUUUUCGGAAAGAUCGUGCUAUUUUUCAAAAUUUUACAUAGUACGCGUACACGACUUUUCGCGAAGGGACCCUCGAUCCUCGACAAUCGAAGAACGACGAGUACCGAGUAGUCGUCGAACCGAGAACCGCGUUACGUUGGUACCGCGAACAUUCCUCUGACCCGACCGAUCGAGAACCGUUCACAAACGCUUGGACAUCAUUUUUUUUUUCCGAAACCGACCUCAACGUUUCGUUCGAGAUUACCUAUUUCGGACGUUCCGCGACUGCUCCUCGGUCGUUCUUGCCACGAACCGGCGUUCAGAGAUUUCGUGCGACGUCCACGAUCGAGUUCGUUUCGAACCUGGUCAUCUUAGGAACGGGAAAGGGGAGAAGACGGAGAAGUAGAGAGAGAGAGAGCACGUGAGAUCGAGAGGACGCGAAAGAAUGUAUGAGCGAAUGAGACGAAAGAGAAACGAGAGGGAGCGUUUGUGAAAAAGAGAAAACGGAACUUUCUAAAAACAAAGGGGAAAAAAUAAACAGAGAGAAACAAAAAUUUUUUAAAGUUGGCACACCGGUUCGAGUGACUCUUUGUAGGUGUUAAAAGGUAAACCAAAAAACAAAAAAAAACUAUUAAAAAAAAUAAGAAUUCGAAGUGGCCUUCUGUAAAAGGAAAAGACCAUCGCUUUUCGCUUUUGCUCGAGAGAAAAAAAAAAAGGAAAAGAGAACGGGGAGUAUAUUAGCUCUGUCCGUCGUUAUCUAUCCAUUGUCUAGGCAAAUUUUUCGGAAAACGUUCUCGCGCCACUCCCCUAUCAAAGCUUUACGCGGUUUGUGAAGAACGAAUAAUUUCGAGAGUUUCGAGAAAGAAAGAGAAGAGAGAGAGAGAGAGCGAGGAGAGAGAGAGACUCGAUUAGUAAUUUAUUAUCGGCGAAUUAGACAAUUAAUUCGGGAAAAUUUCGGGAUUAAAAAAAAACGCGUUAUUCUUGAUACGAACAAUUUUUGUGCAAAAGAAGAAAAUAGACGUUUCGUCGACGAGGAAAGUGCCGUUCGAGCGCUUUCAUUUUAGUUUUCGCGGAGAAAAAGGAACGAGGGGAAGAGAAAAAGAGAACAGUAGAUCGCGAUUCUAAAAGAUUUUAUUACGAUUUAGGCUUAAUGUGUUCAACGAGAAGGUAAAUUUGAACGAAACCAGCGGCAGGGUGGAACGAAAGAUAUUCGUGAGUCAAAGCUAGGGGAUGAGAGAGAAUGACAGAGAUAGAAAGAAAAAAGAAAUAUAUUUGUUCAAAGAGCCGCGAACGAAAUUGCGAGAAAGAAUUAGCGGAAAGACAGAAAAAGAAUUAGGGAGAGGGUGUGCGAGAGAAAAGGAUGGGGCAUGUGAACAAGCGAGAAUGUGGAAAAGAUUAAAAUUAAUAUUGUAUUAAAGACAAAAAAAAGUAGUAAGUGCCUUCCAAAAAAAAAAAAAAAGAAAUUUAACGUGUCCCGUAGACCGUGACCACUUAUACGUGAUGAAAAAUCAUUUCGAAAUUUCCCGUCACCGAAUGAGAAUUGUUUUGUGACUGAACAGCUAAAACAAAAAAAAAAAAGAAAACGGAAGAAACGUAAAAUAAAAAUUUAGGAAACAGAGUACAGUGACAAAAGAAAAAAAGAUGCAAAGAAUUAUAUUUGUGGGGACGUUGCGUAAAAUAAAUAUUUCUUCUUAUGUACGAUAUUCUCUUCGUCUCGUCUCGAAGUGUUAGCGACGCUGCGCGAUGUCUACGAGGAUUAAAAAGAGCACGGUUUAUAGUCGAGGAUAGAAUCAAAGGAGGAACUCGAAUAUUUUGCGAACAAAACUUUUGGCUUUCCUUUCGAACGAACCAAAUGUACCUUAUUGACCCUGUAAGAUUCGGACCGAAUCGCACGGGAUCGAAAGGGGAUGAUUUUCUCCGUCGAUUACGCAAUGUGUCUACGAAUCGUUUGUGUGCGUGUUGUGCAGAGCGAAUGUACAGAAUCUACGAGCAACCGGACAAAAUUUCUGUUUUGGAACAAACCAGUACCGGUAAUACCCUGAAUGGCAUAUUCUCGUAAACGUUUCUUUCGAUUCGCUUGUACGAGUGAGAGAGAAUGAGCGGCGAUGAAGAGCAACAAAAAAAUAAGAGAAGUCAGGGAAAGGAAAUGCGUGUAACUGAAUCACCCGGAGGGAAAACGGACAUUUCGAGAAUCUUUCGUUUACGCAUUUUGAUAUAUAUUAUAUAUAUAUCUCUGUGAGCAAAUGAUGAAGAAAACAAAAAAGAUACUUAUAUUACAUACAUAAAGUGUAAGUGAACAACAACAACAAAAAUGCAUCUAAUACGCUAUUAUUGAUAUAGGACACAAAGUAAAGUAAAUCUAUAUAUGAAACAAAAAAGUAUAUAUAUACAUAAAUUGAUAUAUUGACGCUAUAAGGUCGCUGCUGGAUGCGUUUUACGUUGAAAAACAUUCACGAUGACGAUGAUAUGAUAAUGACGACCGACGACGACGACGACGACGAUGACGAUGAUGAUGAUGAAGAUGAUGAUGAUGAUGCAGUUUUCCGUUCAAAAAAAAAUGUCGUCGAGGACGCAAACAAAAGUUCACGGGAAGAAAUUAAAUUUAGAGAAACGUAAGGACCUUAGAGUUCGAAGACAAAGUAGCUGUUAGAAUUUUUAUCGAGGCAAUAUAAGGACGGACGGGCGUGACACUGGUAUACUACUUUCGAGAACAACCUUCCCAUUUGUCGCGAUGGCUUUUGUGUUUCGCUCGUUUUACUUAUCGUUUUCUCAUUCUGCUUUACACCGUCUGGCCGAUUUCCGAGUCGGGAUCGGUUAGACGGUUCGAGGAAAUUGGCAACUCAUGAAAGUCCGUUGAAAACGCGAAUCGGAAAGGCAGAAGAAAAUAGUUUGUCGCGAGCGAACGAACGAGCGAAAUGUAUUUGCCAGCGAGGCGAGGAACGCUCGACUGCGGUUACAGAUUUGUAACGUUUGUUCUACUUCGGGAAUCUGCAAAACUAAAGGUGAAAUGUAUCACGCACGCGCCGAAUCUUUCCUUUAUUUUCGCCUUAGCUUCGAGAAUGUAAUACGUCGUAUUAUUAAUAACGAUCGACCCGACAUACACGAGACACACACUUGUAUACACGAAGGAACAGAAAAACCAAAUUAAGAAGAAUCCAAGCAAGCUCUGUAGACGAUAAAGGCGAUAACACGAACCGUAGCUAAUCCCGUGUCCGCGAUUUACGACUAGUUUACAGGAUGUGUAACGCGUAACGACGUUAAUGCCACGAGCAGACGUUACGACAGCGGAAGGGACGCGGUCGAGAUCCACGACGAAAGCCAACAGAGAAUACGAGCUUAUUCGUCGACGCGUGUUUUCCUUUUAUCUGCUGCGGUAACGGCCGAUCGUUCGAGAAUAAUCUAUAGAUGGCAUCCUAAUUUACAGGAAAACUAUUAGUCGAACAAUAGAACCGCACAUUUCUUCGAAACCCGAUUAUUUAAUCGUAUAUACACACAGACACAGACACACACACACACACAACACAUCCAUACCUGGCCAUUGGGCCAAUAUCGGACACACGCGCACUUAACCGUCUCACGUACGCGCUCGGUGCAGUCACAUACACGUACACACACACACGUACACGUACAUAGAUACACACACCAUACGAUGCUACACGUACAUGUAAAUGUCCAUGGAAAAGGAACGAGUGGGACAGGGGAAAGAGGGGCAAAGGUAAAGAGAGCAGUUAGCAAGGAAAGUGGGAGAAAAGGCGAGAGAUUUGAACGAGAGGAGCGCAAGUGUGGAAAAGAAUGUAAACGAACGAGCGAGAGAAGGAAAACAAGCGAGAGGGGGAAGGGAAAGCGAGGAAAAGAAGACGUUCUUAAAACAAGUACACUAAAGGAGAACACACACGGUACGUUACGCGACAGAGAGACAAGCACAACCGCGCGUUUACUGUAAAUAGAGAGAAUGCAACCAUUAUUAUUCGGCAUAGUUCGUGUUUUGUUAUCGUAACUUGUAAUAUAUUUAUUUGUCCGGUCGUAAACAAAUAUUUUUUAUUUAAGAUUCGAGCCUCUGUUUUCGUUUGAAUUUGCCGCUAUCGCGCUCCGAGCGAGACAUUGGUCGACGCAACGAGAGGCAGAAACACGGUGUCUUCGGUACAACAAUUAUUUUUGAAAAGCGCUCGAGAAACAAAGUCCGACGCGCCUCGGCCUCCGACCAAUGGCCUCGGCGAUAAUUGAACAGCGAAAUCGAAAAGAACGAUGUGUUACGCGUCUUCAGGGUCGCGGUUGAUCGCGGCCAAUUUCUGACCAGUUCUUACCUCGAAAUUUAGGAUGUUUUCGAAUCGUUGCGAUUCUAUUCGUCUUUCGGCCUCGAUCGCCGUGAUCUUGUGAACGCGGACCGAACCGAUCUGUCUUCGUUUCUGUUUUUAAUCCCUCGAUCGAUUCGUUUAAAAUCAUCGCGGCCUAUAGAAAGACGCCCGCUGUCCGCGAAUGGCGGUAAGCGCAAGUUUCUCUGCAGAUGGCGACAGUUUGUAGCUGCUAUUAUUAUUAUUAUUAUUAUUAUUGUUAUUAUUACUACUAUCAUUAUUAUUAUUAUUAAUAUUAUUAUUACUAUUAUUAUUAUUUCUAUUUACGUUCAACAAAGUAUUUUUUUUUUAGUAGAUAGUCAAAUUGAUUAAACUGACACCCCCGUACGAAUAGUUGCGCGCGUGUCUUUUUACAGGAGACGCUUGAAAUAUGUGUAUGUACCCGUGACGAAUCGCGAAACGAUAUUUGUUUUCGUUUUCUUCCGAGCACCUCAGAUGUCGAGGCUUUGGAAACAAGUUUACUUUAGUCACGGAUGCAAGCAGAACCUGUCACCAAUUACGAAUUCCUCUUUUUAUUUAUUACUGAUUAGCAUGUAAGAUGACGUUCUACUGACAUAUGCUAUAAUUAUAAAUACACCCUAUAUAUAGUGGA